AUGGCCUCUGCUCUGCCUACUGUGCCGCGCGUGGUGUUUACGAUCAUUGAACCGAUUUCCCUGGUCGCCGGGUUUCUGGGCCCUCUGCUCUCACCGCAGUUCUUUGCAGCUUCCCAGCUAGCCGCCAGCAAAGUUGCUGCCCAGACUCACGAGCUGACCUCAACGGAGCAUAUUCUGGCUCUUCAGCUUGGAAAUGCCUACCUCCUGCUGGGGAUGCUGGGCGUGUUCAUUCUCAACACGACACUGGAUCUUCCUACCGUGAAGGCGUACCUGGCUGCAUUGUGGGUCGGUGACAUCGGCCACGUGCUCAUCACCGCUUGGGGACUAGGGCUCCAGGGAACUUUCGAUAUCCAGGGCUGGAAUGCCGUGACCUGGGGCAACAUUGGUUUCACCGUGAUGCUUUUCGUCUUCAGGAGCCUGUACUUCCUAGGGUUCUUCGACAAGGAGCAGCGUGGUCGCAAGAGCAAGCAGACGUAG